GGAGCUCGGGACACCACGAAGCAACAACAGCAGCAGCAGCAGCAGCAGUUUGUUGCGUCGAGCUGCUCGCAAUUCUGAACUCGUAGCGAGCGAUCGUGUACUGUACUGGACUGUGACCGGACCUGAAUCUUUUGGCUCGAGGGCGGCUCCGCUGCCCGCUUCUCUGACCGGUCGCGUCGGGACCUGGAGACUGGCCGGGAACGUGCAGAGCAGCGGGCAGACGUGAGGGAGGAGGGACGAAAUCGAAGGGGCGACCGGACAGACUGACGAAGGGCGAAGCGAGACUGUGGGAGGGGGAGGGAGAGGGAGAGGGAGAGGGGAGAGGGAAGGGAAGGGAAGGAAAGGAAGGGUCUCGGAGGAGCUUACGUGCGCGGGGGCAGCCAUGGCAGCAGCUGCUGGAUCAUUGCUCUCCGCGGGCUUAACGGCUGGUGCGGCCGGGCUUACUAAAGCAGCAGGAUCAUCAAUCGCAGCUCGUUCUUAUGCCGGAGUAGUUCCAGUGGGCAGGGCAGGCGCGGCCAGGAGCACCUCCAACGCCAACGCCAACAGCAGCAGCGGGUGGAUCCCGAUGGCCAAAUUGCAAAGCUCGGACGAGAAGAAGAUGGCCAACGGCUUCAGCAACGGAUGGGCUAGUCUCAGCGAUCGCUCUCUCAAGAUGCAGGCAAAAGGAGAUGUGGCGGAUGUAGAGAGUGAAGGAUUGAUAGAACCACUUAUUUCGUCAGGGGAUUAUGACAAAUCCUGGACUUAUCAAUCGGUCGUUCCCCCGUUUCUUUUCCCAGCUCUUGGAGGUUUGCUGUUCGGUUAUGACAUUGGAGCCACUGGAGGGGCUGUUUUAUCUUUAACGUCAGCAGAUGUAAGCGGAACAACUUGGUUUAACCUGUCAUCCAUCGAAACCGGGCUUGUGGUCAGUGGAUCACUUUAUGGUGCUCUCUUGGGAUCCAUACUUGCUUUCAACGUAGCAGACUCUCUCGGCCGGCGUCGGGAGCUCAUUGUUGCCGCCAUAACGUAUGCCGUAGGCGCUGCCGUGACGGGCUUAGCACCAAACUUGCCCAUCCUUAUAGCAGGGCGGCUGAUUUAUGGAACUGCCAUUGGACUGGCCAUGCAUGCAGCUCCGUGUUACAUAUCAGAGACUGCUCCAACUGACAUUCGAGGAACUCUGAUUUCCUUGAAGGAAGCUUUGAUUGUAUUAGGAAUUUUGCUUGGUUACCUCGUGGGCAGUUUAGAAAUCAGCACACUCGGAGGAUGGCGUGUAAUGUUUGGCGCUGCUGUACCAAUGGCCGCCCUUAUGGGCUUGGGAGUAUUUUGGCUUCCACCAUCCCCUAGGUGGUUGCUCCUUAGAGCAGUGCAAGGGAAGACGAAUCUCGCAGAAGCAAAAAGUCAAGCCAUGAAUGCCCUGAGCAAGCUCCGAGGGGUGAAGAGAGGUCAAGAUGGAAUUGAUGCAGAGCUAGCUGAGACCCUGGCAUCUGUAGAAAAUGGUGCUGGAGGUUCACAAGAGACAACCUUCGGAGAACUGUUCCAGGGAAAUUUAAAUCGAAAGGCCCUACUCAUCGGAGGAGGUUUGGUUUUCCUUCAGCAGGUGACAGGCCAGCCGAGUGUUUUAUACUACGCCGCCCCAAUUCUUCAGAGUGCAGGAUUUUCAGCAGCUGCAGAUGCCACAAACGUUUCAGUUCUUCUUGGCUUCUUCAAGUUAAUUAUGACUUUGUUUGCUGUUGUGUACGUGGACAAAGUUGGUCGCCGACCUUUACUCAUCGGAGGUGUAACCGGAAUUGUUGCGAGUCUCCUUCUCUUGUCAGCAUAUUAUUCCUUCGCUUCCGGAGUUCCAGUUUUGGCGGUCGGUGCUCUACUGCUGUACGUCGGUUCGUACCAGGUUUCGUUUGGCCCUAUUUCAUGGCUGAUGGUGUCCGAAGUAUUUCCUCUGCGCACGAGGGGCAAAGCUCUGAGUUUGACAACGCUCAUCAACUUCGCUUCCAACGCUGUGGUUGCUUUCUCAUUUGCACCCAUUCAGGAUCUGAUCGGUGUGUCCGCGACUUUCCUACUCUUUGGUCUGGUCGGCGUAGGGGCUUUCUUCUUCGUGUUUUUCAAAGUACCUGAAACCAAGGGCUUGAGCCUGGAGCAGAUUGAGUCCAAACUUUCAGAGUAAAUAGGUAGAUAGGCAAUUGAGACCGAGACGUGUACAAACUUGUAGAGUUUGGUGGCCUUCAGUUUUGACCUUUCUGAUUGAAAAGAAAGGGACUGUGCAACGAUGUGUCAGCGGAGCGAGAUGCUUGAUCUUUCCUGAAAGUUUCCUUGUAGAAAGCUCCUAGGGAAGAUUCCUCUUGCAGCUACUACCAGGUCCUGACUGCGUGGGCCGACACAUAGGAGCAAAUCGUGCAAAGAUUGACGGGAAGGGGACGUAUGGUAUAGGCUGAAACACAUUACUGUCCAGAGAUUCGACUAGACACUUGCUUACAUUACAUCGUAAGCGACAACCUGCAAAAGCACUGUAAAGUAUCAAUUCAUAUGACGACAGUUCGAAGAUGUACUCGAGGAGUUUGGCUGUCAUACAAAACUUCUUACGAGCACCAACCUUGAUCAGCGAGGCUAUGUACGCCCCAAAUUGUAGUCAAAUUAUUCCUCAUCCUAUGCGCCCACAUGGCUGAUUAUUCCGAUCAUUUGGUGAUCUUUUGUCCUAUUUGUCAUCCCCUCUAACUACUUUGAGUUGACCGCCAUAAGUUGACAUCACG